AUGGAACUCGUUUUACUGGUUUCAUUGGGCAGCUGUUUUAUUGGGCAAUUGGUAAAUGUUGAAAAGUAUCCUAAAAUAAUUCAUUUUUCACUCGGACGCAACAUGUCUUGCCAUGUGAAGAUCUUCUUGAUUGUGCCUUUGCUAAACCCAAUUCUGUUGUUUUCCAAAUUCGAAUUCAAGUUUCAAAACUACAGCAACUAGUAGAAACCAUUCUUAGUUGACGGUACAAUCAGAAUAUGCGAGGUAAUCGAGGGGAGGAACUUCAUACCAUUGGCGUCAUAAUCUGGAAGUAAGCGUUACUCGAAGGUUAACCACUCCUGCUCUUUCGAUUUUUUUCUAAUAGCUCGUAACGGUUUUCUGGAUACUAGUCUUCUGCCGCCUUUUCCUCAAGGAUUUUCGACGAGUAAUGAUUAUGUAGGCACAAUCAAGUUCUUCCUCCAAGUCAUGAAAGAGAUAAAAAGCAAGAAGUCUCCUCCUAGUGCCUAA